UCUACUGCAAUAGAACCUCAUUGUCAGUAGGUAUAACCGAUAUAACAUCAAAUCAUUCAUAACAACUUUUAAAUCCAUUUUGUAAUACUAAUCUCGUAAUCAAAAUUAACGAAGCGUGGGUCAAGGCCAUAAAAAUAAACCUUAUCACUAUUCACAUUGUUUCGAACUUCAUAGUUAUAAGUAGGGACGUUAUUUCCUAAAAUGUUUAAAAAAAGUGUCAACGUUUUAUGUAAAAAUGUCUUGAAACAGUCGGAGCUAAUUAAACGCCUAUUCGCCUCCGAUGCUCCAUUGUUUCCGGGCGCAAAAACCACAUGGACGGAAAAAUUGGAAUUCACAGAAAAACAAUCCUACAAACCCAUACCAGUGUACAGGGUAAUGGAUCGGCAGGGAAAAGUGCUCAAUGAAAAUGAAAAUCCAAAACUCCCGGAUGAAACUUUAGUGAAAAUGUAUAAGGAUAUGACACUGCUCAAUGUUAUGGACAAAAUAUUAUAUGAAUCACAACGUCAGGGUAGAAUCUCUUUUUACAUGACUAACUAUGGAGAAGAAGCUACCCACAUAGGCAGCGCUGCAGCCUUGUCAAUGAAUGACUUGGUGUACGGCCAAUAUCGAGAAGCAGGAGUCCUAAUGUGGCGAGGGUACUCUCUUCAGCAGUUCGUGGACCAGUGCUAUGGCAACAAAGAUGAUCCCGGUCACGGGAAACAAAUGCCGAUACAUUAUGGAAGUAGAGAACUAAAUUUUGUUACGAUAUCCAGUCCAUUGAGUACGCAGAUGCCACAAGCGGUGGGCUCGGCUUUCGCACUAAAAGGCAAGAACCGUGUGGUGAUCUGCUACUUCGGAGACGGGGCCGCCUCAGAGGGAGACGCACAUGCCGCCUUCAAUUUCGCCGCCACGCUGGAGUGCCCCGUUUUAUUUUUCUGUAGGAAUAACGGAUACGCCAUCUCGACACCCGUCCAGGAGCAGUAUCGCGGUGAUGGUAUCGCAGCCAGAGGACCUGGUUACGGUAUACAUACACUUCGAGUAGACGGAAAUGAUGUCUUUGCCGUUUAUAACGCCACCAAGUUGGCCAAGGAGUACGCGUUGAAGGAAAGCAAGCCGGUUCUCAUAGAAGCAAUGACUUACAGAGUAAGCGACCAUUCUACUUCCGACGACAGCUCAGCUUACAGAUCCCCAGACGAAGUCAAACAAUGGAGUGAAAAUGAUUAUCCAACAUACAAACUGAGGUAUUACAUGGAAAGUAAAGGAAUAUGGAGUGAAGAAAAAGAAAAAGAAUGGCUGGAAAAGGCAAGAAAGGAUGUGAUGAAGGCAUUCAAAGCUGGUGAAGAGAAGCAUAAACCACACUGGUCAAUAAUGUUUGACGAAGUAUACAAAUUUAUUCCACAACAUCUAAUGUAAGUAUUCUUUAGAAUUAUAUAUGAUCAAAAAAUAUUACGGAAUUAGCCGCCAAUACUUGCUAAAAUGAAAAAA